GUACAUUUUGCUCGGUUAGGCUUCCUUAGUUUUAUAAGCUUAAUUAUUUCCUAUGUAAGUACGUGCCAGGGAUCGUACACAAGCGUGAUGUUUUUAUAAGUACGUGCCAGGGCUCGUACAUCCCAAGCAUCCGCGAGCGUGAUGUUUUUAUUAUGUAAGUACGUGCUCUGGCUGUACGGUUUGGUCACUUAUAAGCAUGACGAUUUCCUAAAUCGUUGGAGUAUCACCCCGGGAGCAUAGCCAGACGUAGGCACUCUCUCUGUUUGUUAGAUUGCAAUUAACAUAAUAGUUAUUAUUUCGCUCAUAGUCUAUUGUAUAACGCGAGUGAUAAAUAUAGAGUAAGUUCAAUUUAUUCUAUUAUUUCGAACCCCUGAUGACCCAGGAACCGUACAUUUUGGUCCUUUGAGCUAUCCGGGAAUAGCGGGUCUUUCGCGUACAGUUGAUCGCGUUCGCGUUUUUCUCCGUCAUCCUGAAGAUCGGCGCCGUGGAAAAACAUCCCACUGCUGGUUUGUUGGGUCGUCAAGCAAGUAAGAAAAUAUCAUCCGCAUCAAUAGAAAAGAGGAGAGCAAGGAGAAGGAGGAUCCAUAGCGGUCGAAAAGGGAGGCAAGCGACAGUAAGUCCGCUCCCAAUAUUUUCAAGAACCCAUAGCGGUCAAUUAGGGAGGCAAGCGACAGUGAGUCCGCUCCCAAUAUUCUCAAGAACCCAUAGCGGUCAAAUAGGGAGGCAAGCGACAGUAAGUCCGCUCCCAAUAUUUUCAAGAACCCAUAGCGGUCAAUUAGGGAGGCAAGCGACAGUGAGUCCGCUCCCAACAUUUUCAAGGACCCAUAGCGGUCAAAAAGUAUAUCAGCGUCCUUCCAACCUAGAAGAAGGCAAAGGACGUUUUUUCAGCAUAAUAACUAAGUAAUCCCUUUCGAAAAAGGGCAAGUUAUACAGCACUUUUACACGCCAUUGUUAAUUGGGGCAUUAUAUUAAUAAAUCAUUAUGAAUAAGUUAUACCAAGAACAACUUACAGUAUGGGGGGAUAUUCAAAAAUUAAUAAAUAACUACAAUAAGGACGGAGCAGAAAGAAAAAGGAAGCCCGACUAUUUUGAGAGGCGGCUGUUUCAGUUGGAAGAUUUGUGGGAAAAAUUUCAAUCCAACCAUGACCGCAUGUUAAUAGAGCUUAGCCCAGAGCAUAAGUACUUUCAGGAAAUGGAGUUUGAAAGAACAGAGGAAAAUUACCGUUCAAUAAAAGAAAAAUUGAGUCAGGCCUACAAAGACAUAAUAAUCGAAACACCAAAGGCAAGUACUAGUGCGAGCGAGUCUGAGGAACAAGGAACGGCUGGAAGACAAGAAUCGGCUCAGUCACCACAAGGGUUUAAUAUCAAUGCUAUAAAAAACAAGGGGUAUUCGCAAAAGACUACGGAACUGCUCAGCAUGCAGGAGGUGUUAUUCAGGACCUCCGAACACCAUUCUAUUCAAUUUAAUAUAGAGUCCACCAAUGACAAGUGGGAACUCAUGGAAAUAUGGGAGGGUGUAAAGUCGCGUUGGGAUGGGAUUUAUAACCGUCACCUAGAGAUAGACAUCGAACUCGCGGGAACUUUCCCGGAAUAUCAAGAAAAAUAUUUCGAACAGGCAGAAGAAUUUAUGCGCCAAAGGAAGGAGAUGAAUCUCAAAUUGCGCUCUAUCACCCCGAAUGAGAAAUUAACCCCACGUAUAGAAAUACCUAUAUUUAACGGAAGUUUUGAAAAAUGGGUAUCAUUCCGGGACUUAUUCGAACAAAGUAUUCACAAAAAUUCAAGCCUUUCCAACGCAGAAAAAAUGCAAUAUUUAAAAUCAAGGUUAAGAGAGGAACCCGAGAGGCUCAUACAUCAAUUACAAGUUAGCAACGAAAAUUAUGACGCAUGCUGGAGAAUUAUUACGAACAGAUACGACAACAAAAAACAUAUUUUAACUUCGUAUCUAAAUAGUUUUAUGCAGCUUCCAAGGAUUGAAAAGGACAAUCUGGGGCAAAUUAAAAAACUUCACGAUGUCACCUUGGAAUGCUUGAAUGGGCUCAAAAUUUUAGGGAUUCGCAUAGAGCAUUGGGACACCAUUAUAAUUCAUAUUCUGUCGCAAAAACUAGACUAUGACACCUAUCAAACAUAUAUUUCAUCACUAGAGCAUCCCAAAGAGUUACCGGUGCUUAAAGAUUUAAUGGAUUUCCUAGAAAAAACAUUUACUGCUUUGGAAACAACAAGUAAUCAACCUCAGCAGAGUCUUGUUACAAAACGUCAACCUCGGCCUUAUUAUAAGCCGUUCAACAAUAAAUUCGUGUCAUCGCAAGUGAGCAAUCGAGGCCAAGACAGUAUCGAUAGAAACACGUGCUGUAAAAUAUGCAAAUCACCUAAUCAUGUCACGUUUAAUUGUAAAUUCUUUAUAGGCAUGAAUUAUAAAGAAAGGCUUGAUACAGUUUUAGGACUGCAGAUAUGUAUUAAUUGUUUCUGUAACCACGAUGUCAAGGAUUGUGCUUCAACAAGCAGAUGUAGAGUUUGCUAUCAGAAGCAUAAUACAAAGUUACAUAAUGCAUUAAAUAAUUCGAACUCGCCUAAUCGCCCAUCUACAAGCAAAUUUCAAUAUAAAAAUUAUCCAAGGGAACAGUCGAAAAGGAUAUACACGACCUCUAAGGAUUUUUCAGAAGUCCUCUUAGCAACAGCAAAAAUUAAAGUUUUAGGGGUUAAUGGAAAAACCUACCUCAUGCGCGCACUUAUUGACCAGGGGUCUCAAAUAUCAAUCAUUAGCGAAAAGGCAGCACAGUUGUUAAAACUAAAGAGGGAAGGCUGUUAUGGUGUUAUCUCAGGAGUGGGGGAAAACACACAACGAAUCAAGGGUCAGGUUACAUUGACCUGUUCUUCUAUUCACACCAAUUAUACACUAAAAUCAAAAGUGUUUAUUAUGAAUAAUUUAGUGCAUAAAUUGCCAAAUAACUCCUUUAAUAUGCCGUCAUGGCCAUAUAUACAAAAUAUCGAGUUGGCAGAUCCCGAAUUUAAUAAAAGCAGCCAAAUAGAUAUAUUAUUUGGGGCCGAUGUCUACUCUGAAAUUAUUAUGAGUGGAAUAUUAAGAGGGGAAAAUCCCUCACAACCUAUAGCGCAACAGACACGAUUGGGAUGGAUCUUAUGUGGGAAACUAAAGUCAUAUCAUUGCAACGUCAUACUAAAUAGCACUGAAGACUUACAGAGAUUUUGGGAAAUAGAAGACAUUGAAGAGUCUCCAUCAGUAGUGUCCUCGGAAGACCAAUAUUGUCUUGAGUUGUAUAAAAACACAACACUGCGCCAAGCAAAUGGAAGGUACAAGGUACGACUUCCAUUAAAAGAUAACUUUGAAAAAAGUUUAGGUCUGUCAAAACCAACGGCUGUAGCACAAUUUCAUAGCCUGGAGCGGAAAUUAGCGAAGCAACCCAAAAUCGCGAGGCAAUAUAAAGACUUUAUAAAUGAGUAUAAAGACUUAGGGCACAUGUCUCUUGUCGGAAACAAGGGCUCGGAAAUUGGGUAUUAUUUACCCCAUCAUUGUGUAACCCGGGAACACUCGGAAACCACAAAACUACGUGUUGUGUUCAACGGGUCAGCAAAGACAUCAACGGGAAUUAGUUUAAACGAUGUUAUGUAUACAGGCCCCAACCUACAACAAGACUUGCAAUCCCUUAUAUUAAAAUGGCGAAGUUUUCGAUAUGUAUACACCGCAGACGUGGAGAAAAUGUUCCGAAAUAUUGACAUCUUUGAGUGUGAUCAGAAAAUGCAAAAAAUUAUUUGGCGGGACACACAAACUCAACCGUUACAGGAAUACGAACUAACAACUGUAACGUAUGGCACAAAGGCGGCGCCCUUUUUAGCCAUGAUGACGCUAAAACAACUAGCUAUCGAUGAGAGACGUCGGUUUCCACGGGCAGCGGAAAUUACAGAACAAGCAUUCUAUACAGAUGACUUAAUUUAUGGCGCCCAUUCUAUAGAAGAAGGAUGCAGCAUGGUAACAGAGUUACAGGAUUUGUUGCAGACAGGGGGUUUUAUGUUAAGAAAAUGGGCUUCCAACGAUCCAAGAAUAUUGAAAAGGCUUUCGGAAAAAAUUAACAGGGAUCAGAAUCAACAAAUAUUUACGUUUAAAGGGGAUCUUAUUUCAAAAACAUUAGGGGUAUACUGGAACCCGAAGGAAGACUGCUUUAUGUUUCAAUCAUCAUUUGAUUUCUCGAAUAAAACAACCAAAAGAGCGCUGUUGUCAGAUAUAUCGAAGCUAUUUGACCCACUAGGUUGGUUAGCGCCUGCAAUCACGGCCAUGAAAAUAAUUUUUCAAGAAGUGUGGAAGCAAAACAUUAAGUGGGAUGAUCAAAUCCCUACUUCUAUUAUGAAAAAAUGGAAGCAAUUUAAAGAAGAGUUAGAACUAAGUAUUUCUAAUAUAAGAAUCCCUAGAUGGCUACAAACAAGUCCGGACAGCGCAAUAGAGCUACAUGGAUUUUGUGAUGCAUCAAACAAAGCAUAUGCCGCAGUUGUUUACUGUCGAAUAAACAACAAGGUCUCAUUGGUGGCAGCCAAAACAAAAUUGGUACCCAUCAAAGGGAAAAUCUCAAUCCCGAGAGGUGAAUUAUGUGGAGCAGUUUUAUUAACAAAGUUACUUAUUAAAGUAAAAACAUGCUUUGGGAAUAAUAACAUUAAGUCUUAUGGUUGGACGGACUCUAUGGUAACAUUGGGGUGGAUACAGGGACAACCUGAGAAAUGGAAGCCGUUUGUAAGCAACAGAGUUAAGCAAAUUUGUCAAGACAUGCCGUCAAAUACAUGGCGCUAUGUUAAAUCAGAGGAAAACCCUGCAGAUUGCGCCAGUCGGGGUGUUUCCGUUAAACAACUGGAAAGGCACUCUCUAUGGUGGAGUGGUCCAUCAUGGCUGCCCUUAUAUAAGAAUAACGAAGAAACUCCGUUAUAUUUUACGAAGGAAGAAGAGAAAAAGCAAUAUUUAGUUAAUUUCGUACAAGGUAUAGAUAGCACAGUAAAAGGAAUCAUACAAAAUUGCAGUAGUUUCUCACGUGCAAUCAGAAUAGUUGCCUGGAUAUUACGGCUUUUACCAAAAAAUAAGGGAAGAAGGCAACGGCAUCUUACAUUAGCUGAAAUCAAAGAAGCAAAAUGGAAGAUAAUUCGUCACGUACAAGAAGACGAAUUCUCCUAUGAAAUUGAGAACUUGAGAAGAAAGGAGAACAUUAAUAAAAGCAAACUGAUUACAUUGAAUCCAUAUCUUGGAGAGGAUGGCCUUCUUCGUGUGGGGGGAAGGUUACGGAAUGCCUUUAUUAGUAAAGACAUGCAACAUCCAAUCAUAAUUUCGCAUACUGGUAGGCUGACUGACUUAAUAAUAGACCAAGCACAUAAGCUUACUUUUCAUGGCGGCCCUCGCCUAACAUUAUCACUUAUCAGACAGAAGUACUGGAUUGUAGGCGGUAAUAGAGCAGUGAAGAGGCAAUUGAGGUUAUGUGUAACAUGUGUCAAAAAUAACCCUCGAAUGCAAUAUCAAUUAAUGGGCGACUUGCCCGAACCUCGGUGUAAUCCGACACGACCGUUUAAGCAUACGGGAGUUGAUUUUACAGGAUUUAUCCUAAUAAAGAGUAGCAAAGGACGAGGUAUCAAGUGCACAAAGGGUUACAUAGCCGUAUUCAUAUGCAUGGCUACAAAGGCGGUGCAUUUAGAAGUAGUAUCUGACUUAACUACUUCGGCUUUUCUAGCAGCAUUAAAAAGAAUGGCGGCCCGAAGAGGGGCUCCGGAACAUAUUUAUAGUGAUAAUGGCACAAAUUUUAUUGGUGCAAAUCGUAUACUUGACGCCGAGUAUAACGAAUUAAAACAAGCAUUCACAAGUGAACAAUUCGCCACCACAAUUACGGACAUGGAAAUAAACUGGCAUUUCAAUGCACCUGCAUGGCCUUCUGCUGGCGGAUUAUGGGAAGCAGCUGUAAAAAGCUUAAAGGCUCAUACAAAGAAGGUAAUCGGAGAUCAAAAAUUCACGUAUGAAGAGCUCGCAACACUCUUAUCGCAGUUAGAAGCCUGUCUAAAUACUAGGCCUUUAUGUCCAAUUUCAGAAGAUCCAGAGGACAUAAACUUUCUAACACCCGCUCAUUUCUUAACUGGUGGGCCGACACUUUCAUUGUUGCCCACCGAGAAUGACUUACGAACAAGAUGGUACUUAGUGGAGAAAACUUUCCAAGAUAUAUGGAAGAGGUGGCAGUCGGAGUACUUGCCCACCUUGACAUCCCGUAGUAAAUGGCAAAAACCACGAGAAAACUUAAAAUUACAAGAUUUGGUUGCCAUUCACGAUGCUAAUUUACCGCCUGGAAAGUGGGCUAUGGGCAGAGUUGUAGAGUUACAUCCGGGCACUGACAACAUCGUAAGAGUAGUCUCGCUAAAGACAAAGAACGGAAUAAUCAAACGUCCUAUUGUCAAAUUAAGUCCCUUACCAGUGCAGGACAAUAGUAAAACAGCAGCCGAAAAUAAGGAGCCACGCAUAACAAAACCACGGCCCAAAAAUGGAAAAUCGUUGUUUACUAUGACAUGA